GCGUCUGCACGCAUGCGUCUCUACAGCGGCUACACCAUUUUAGAGGAAGAAAGAAACAGGGACAGAAACUGACAAUUAACAAUACGUCGUUAGUUAAAAUAUUAAUAUUCUGACAGAUGAGUGCCUUUACAGUCCCUGACGGAUAGUAGAGCUCCGCUGAUCCGCUGAAGAACCGGGUUUUCUGAUACCGCGGAAAACCCGGAGUGCUACUGCUCAGUUUAGCGCCUCUUCAGAUUGUAUUGUUGUUUGUGUGUGUUUGCGUUUUUGUGUGUGUGCGAGAGUGUGUGUUAGAGUGUAACCGCGCGGUUCCGUCCAGAUGGAUGGAGAAGACGAGAUUCACUCAGAUGAUGGCAGUGCAACUCCAGUUCAGGACGAGCAGGAGGACGCCGGGCCCGGAUCACGACAGUCUGAUGAUGACGGCAGCGAUAAUGACGACAGAAAGUCUGACGGCAGCGAUUCAGAGAUGGAGCCGCCGCGACCUGCAGACAGUGAUGAGGACAGCAGCUCUCCGGUGAAGAGAAGAGCCAGCACAUCUGACCUGGAGGAGGAAGAGGAGAAAACACAUGCUGCUAGUGACUCUGAGGAAGAACAGCAGAAGAGACGCAGCCCUAAAUCAGACGCCGGCAGCGAUUCAGACGAGGACAAGCCCAAACAGAGGACUCACUCUGAAGAUGAGGACGAGGAGGGUGGGAGGAAGGGGAAGUGGAAAACUGCAAUGAACUCAGACAGUGAGGAAGAUGAGGGCAGAGCGAAAGAGGAAGCAGGAAGUGAUGAGGACGAUGAACGGCCUAAAAGAAGGGCUCUGGGUAGUGAUGAUGAUGGGGAUGAUGAAGGGAAUAAAAGAAGGGCUCGAGGUAGUGAUGAUGAGGAUGAAGGGCCUAAAAGAAGGGCUCAAGGUAGUGAUGAUGAGGAUGAAGGGCCUAAAAGAAGGGCUGUUGGUAGUGAUGAUGAUGAUGAUGAAGGGCCUAAAAGUAGGGCUCUGGAUAGUGAUGAUGAUGAAGGGCUUAAAAGAAGGGCUCUGGAUAGUGAUGAUGAUGAUGAUGAAGGACCUAAAAAAAGGGCUCUAGCUAGUGAUGAUGAGGAUGAAAGGCCCAAAAGAAAGGCUCUGGCUAGUGAUGAUGAAGAUGAAGGGCCCAAACGAAAGGCUUUAGGUAGUGAUGAUGAUGAGGAUGAAGAGCCUAAACGAAAGGCUUUAAGCAGUGAUGAAGAUGAUAAAAGACCCAAACGAAAGGCUUUAGAUAGUGAUGAUGAUGAAGAUGAUAAAAGGCCCAAACGAAAGGCUUUAGAUAGUGAUGAUGAUGAUGAUGAAGGGCCUAAACGAAAGGCUUUAGAUAGUGAUGAUGAUGAAGGGCCUAAACGAAAGGCUUUAGAUAGUGAUGAUGAUGAUGAAGGGCCUAAACGAAAGGCUUUAGGUAGUGAUGAUGAUGAUGAAAGGCCCAAACGAAAAGCUCUAGCCAGUGAUGAUGAAGAUGAAGGGCCCAAACGAAAGGCUUUAGAUAGUGACGAUGAUGAAGAUGAAAGACCCAAACGAAGAGCUCUAGCCAGUGAUGAUGAUGAAGAUGAAGGGCCCAAGCAAAAGGAUUUAGGCAGUGAUGAGGAUGAAGAUGACAAGCCCGUGAAGAGGAAGAAGGCUGUUCUCUCAGACAGUGAUGAAGAUGAGGAGAAAGCGGUGAAGAAGAGCCGGAUUGUGUCUGAUGAUGAUGACUCUGGCAGUGAUGAAGGCUCUGGAGCUCCUGAUAAGAGUUUAGCAGCUAAACUGAAGGAGCUGGGCUCAGACAGCGAGGAUGAGGAGGACAUGAAGAAGAGCGACGCGGGGAAGAAGAGCGAGAAAGCUCUGUUUGGGAGCGACAGCGACUCGGGAGACGAUGAGGAAGAGAAAAUGAUCGCUGAUAUCUUCGGAGAGUCUGGUGAUGAGGAAGAGUUUACGGGUUUCAAUCAGGAGGAGCUGGAGGCGGAGCGGCCGCAGACUCAGACCUCUGGACAGAGAAAAGCAGACAACGACUCUGAUUCAGAUGACGAAAUCGACAGAGGAGGAAAGGACAUGUCCUUCAUGUCAGACUUCGACAUGAUGCUUGCACGCAAGAAAGCUCAGAGUGGCAAACGUAGACGCAAUCGAGAUGGAGGAACGUUCAUCAGUGAUGCAGACGAUGUCGUGAGCGCCAUGAUCACCAAAAUGACAGAAGCUGCUGAGGAGGAUCGAACACUGAACAGUCAGAAAAAACCUGCUCUGAAGAAGCUGAUGCUGCUGCCCACAGUCGUCAUGCAUCUGAAGAAGCAGGAUCUGAAAGAGACGUUCAUAGACAGCGGUGUAAUGGCUGCUAUAAAGGAGUGGAUCAGUCCUCUGCCGGAUAAAAGUCUCCCUGCGCUGCGGAUACGAGAGGAACUGCUCAAGAUCCUGCAGGAACUGCCGAGUGUCAGUCAGGAGACGCUGAAGUUCAGUGGCAUCGGUCGGGCCGUCAUGUACCUCUACAAACACCCCAAAGAGUCCCGACCAAACAAAGACCUGGCGCUCAAACUCAUCAACGAGUGGUCAAGGCCCAUCUUCGGCUUAACGUCCAACUAUAAAGGCAUGACAAGAGAAGAGCGACAGCAGAGAGACCUGGACCAGCAGAUUGCCCCGCGCAGACGCCUCAGUGAGCCUCAGACGGCUGACAGAUCCCUCGAGCCGGACGUCUUUGCUUCUUCACGCAGUUCAGGAGGUCAGACUCCUCGCAGGGAUCUGGAGAAGGUGCUCACAGGAGAGGAGAAGGCGUUGCGUCCGGGUGACCCAGGCUUCUGUGCCAGGGCUCGAGUGCCAAUGCCAUCCAAUAAAGACUACGUGGUUCGGCCCAAAUGGAACGUGGAUGGAGAUUCAAACCGGGGCCCGACGAAGAAGGGUUUGUCUCGAGUGGAUAAACAGAUGCGGCGUUUUGCAGAUAUCAAGCGUCUGACGAAACCCGGACACGCGGUUAAGAUCAGCGUGGAGGGAAACCGCAUGCCGCUCUGACCUUCCUCUGCUUCUGCUUGUUUUUCUGUCGGAUGUUGUGCUGAUUUCAGCCGUUCGGCAUCUGUGAGUUUGCAAUGUAUUCAGAGCUGAGAUUUCUGGACAUUUCUGAUGUUUAGUUCUGAUGUAUCUUUCAUAAUAAAGAGUUUCCCUGUCCUACAUUUUA